GCGCGUCGAUGGGUUGGUUGUGUUUAUAACCGGGGAUGGCUAGUAAAGGGAGGAGGGGGGUAAUAACGUGGCUUCUUGGCGGGCUUCGGACAGUUACGCGCACAGGUUGUUCCAACACUUCUGCCAGCAUCUCUGCCAUUACUUCCGCACAUGCUUUUUAGGUUUCAAUAAUGUGACUGCUGAGAUCAUCAUGUCUGCUCUCUGUCCUCCUCCUUCUCCUGCUGUUGCCAAGACAGAAAUUGCACUAAGUGGAGAAUCACCAUUACUAGCUGCUACAUUUGCAUAUUGGGAUAAUAUUCUUGGUCCCAGAGUCAGACAUAUUUGGGCUCCAAAAACAGAGCAACAGCUUCUCAGUGAUGGAGAAAUAACAUUUCUUGCGAAUCAUACUCUCAAUGGAGAAAUACUUCGAAAUGCAGAGAGUGGUGCAAUAGAUGUGAAGUUUUUUGUUUUAUCUGAGAAAGGGGUCAUUAUUGUGUCCUUAAUUUUUGAUGGAAAUUGGAAUGGAGACCGAAGUACAUAUGGAUUAUCAAUAAUACUUCCACAGAGUGAGCUUAGUUUCUACCUUCCCUUGCAUAGAGUGUGUGUUGACAGAUUGACACACAUUAUAAGGAAAGGAAGAAUAUGGAUGCAUAAGGAAAGACAAGAACAUUUCCAGAAGUCUAUUAUGGAAGGUGCAGAAAGAGUGGAAGAUCAAGGCCAGAGUAUCAUUCCAAUGCUGACAGGGGAGGUCAUUCCUGUGAUGGAACUCCUAUCAUCUAUGAAAUCACACAGUGUUCCAGACGAAAUAGAUAUAUGUGAUACCGUGCUUAGUGAUGAUGACAUUGGUGACAGUUGUCACGAAAGUUUCUUACUUAAAGCCAUAAGUUCACAUCUGCAAACCUGUGGUUGCUCAGUUGUUAUAGGAAGCAGCGCAGAAAAAGUUAAUAAGAUAGUACAGACACUGUGCCUCUUUCUCACUCCAGCCGAGAGAAAAUGUUCUCGCCUUUGUAGAAAUGAAACAUCUUUUAAGUACGAGUCAGGUCUAUUUGUGCAAGGGUUACUGAAGGAUGUGACUGGAAGCUUUGUGUUGCCUUUCCGUCAAGUGAUGUAUGCCCCGUACCCUACCACACACAUAGAUGUAGAUGUUAACACAGUGAAACAGAUGCCUCCAUGUCAUGAACAUAUUUACAAUCAACGACGCUACAUGAGAUCUGAACUAACAGCAUUUUGGAGAGCUACUUUGGAUGAAGAAAUGCCUCUAGACACCAUCAUCUAUACGGAUGAAAGUUUUACUCCUGACUUGAAUGUUUUCCAAGAUGUUCAGCACCAAGAUACUUUAGUAAAAGCUUUCUUAGAUCAGGUCUUUCAUUUGAAACCUGGAUUGUCUCUAAGGAGUGUAUUUCUUGCACAGUUCCUCUUAGUCCUUCACAGAAAAGCCUUAACUCUCAUCAAAUACAUCGAAGAUGAUACACAAAAAGGCAAAAAGCCUUUUAAAUCCCUUCGUAACUUGAAAAUAGACCUGGACUUAACGGCAGAGGGCGAUCUUAACAUAAUAAUGGCUUUUGCCGAAAAGCUCAAACCUGGUUUACAUUCGUUUCUUUUUGGUCAACCUUUUUAUACCAGCGUGCAAGAACACGAUGUCCUCAUGUCAUUUUAAAGACCUUUUAAUAUGGGCUGGUUGCAGCCUCAUAAUACUAUUUGAAAAGUUUUUGUAAAGGGAAAACAAUGCUUCUCUUCGUAAUCACAUGCUGCUCUCCACUGCAACUGAAUGUAAGUUUACACUACAGCCUGUAGAAGGAAGAGGGAAAAAAAUAAUUUGCUUUAGCAAAUCUAUUCAACUUAGGCAGGCUCACAGGCUCUAUUUUGCUUAUAGUAAGAGACAAUAUCAUUACGUGCGGUCACAAUGCUAACUGGAGCUUUCAAAACAAUAAAGCAACAGAAAUGUUUUAAAAUAGUUUUCGUUAGAACACAAAGAUAGUUUUUGUUUAGAGCGUUAUCAUUUUUGUUCUUGGUUUUGGCAUUGGACGGAAUGAGACAUUCACCCCUUCUCUAUUUUGAGAUACUAAACUACAAACAAGUGUCAUAUGCUGACAAAAUACUGUAAUUUCCAUGGGGUAUUUGCUUUAGAUAGUACCAACUUACUUACUUCUGUCACAUUUUUCAACAGCUCCUAGAAAUUGUGGCAUUAUCUAUUUAAAUAUAGCUAUAAAACACUGUGCUUAGAAAAGUCACUUAGUUUGGAAUUGAACAUGACUGGAAUUGGACAUGAUCCUGGAGAGUAUUUUUAAAUUAGUAAAGUAUCAACAAUCAUAUUAGUGCCCAGCAAAUCUACUCUGUUGCUGGUAUGUUAGCAGGGAUGUCACGCUGCUUAAUGGCUGACCACAGUUGUACGUAAUUAGAGAAUAAAGUGAAUACAAAAGCUAAGCUUUUGCUAAAGAGGGGUUAAGUAACUCUUGUGUUCUGAAUGAAAGCCAAAUAAAUAUGCUUAUUCUGUAUUUAUGAAUUGAUGGAUGGUAACAAAAUUCAGCUUUUUUCUUAAAUGACAUCAGCUUCCACUUGUUUUGUACAUGUCUUCUUUGUGUCUGCAUGGUAUUGAAUAUUUAUAUUGAUUUUAUUAUGCAGGUUUCAUAAAAGUAAAAAAUCUGAAUAUCUGCUGUUACAUGUUUCGGUGCAUUUAUUAUUUAAUUAUAGUGAAGGGAAGAUGCCAAAGGCAGAUAUACUUAUGUGCAAUAUGUAUGUGUUUAAUACGAUUUAGGAAAUGUUCUUGUCAAGUCAAGAUUUAAUGCUGUUUUUCAGCAUUCCAUAAUAUGAAGUGGUGUUCUUAUGGAAUCCUAGUCAUUGUUCUUGAUCAGUUUAUCAGUGGGGACUAAAAUGAAUACAAACUGUUUUUAUAAAAAGUUUUCCCUGUUAACUUUGACAUCUUGUGAGUUUCAAACUUUUCCUGUUAAGGAAAUGAACAAGACUGUCUCUGUCAAUCUCUGGAUGUCAUGAUGUCAGAUCUCUGAAUCUGUUUUUUUCCCCUAAAUUGAUAUAUAGUUUUGCAUUGGGAGAGCUAUCAAAGCAAUUAUAACUUGAGUGGUGGGGGGAGAUAGAAGGGAAAUCUUCCUUCUUCUUAACAAAAUAUGGAAUAAUCUCAAAGUGAAUACUAAGUAACUUUAUGUUAAGAAUACAUUUUAUCUCAGAGUAAAUAGUUUCAGGUCAUAGUUGUGCUCCGCUAGAAUUAAGAAAUCAAAUAGUUCAGUAGUUGAAACUACUGUAUUAACUAUAAGUGGAUAUAUAUAUAUAUAUAUAUGGAGAACAUUGAAAAUAACAAGAAGUGGUGGGUUUGUAGCACUCCUAAAUUGAACACUAACUCCAGAAAUUUUACUAGUGAUACCCAGGAGUAAGGAAUUCUAGAAGUUGUACAGCCACAUUUGAAGGACCUUGCUCUGAUCACUUAAUCUGCUAAUAAGUGUUUGGAUUUUUAUAGAAUAUUGGUACAGUAAAUAUUCAAGAACUACAGGGGAUUUAGAUGUUUACAUUUUCAGAAAAAUCUUGAGAAAAAAUUCCAGGGAUUAGCUUAAAAUAAGUAUAUGCAACUGUAUUUUACUGUUGAAAUUAUCAUUAGCUAAUUCAUUAUCUUAAUUGGUAUUCACUGUUGUUCAUACAUUGUUUAAUUUGAAACAUCUGACCAGCACAGGAUUAAAAAACUUGAUGCAUUGUAGUUUCUAUGUAUUUUUCAUGCUUUCAGUCUUUCAAAAAAAUGUGAGAAUACAUGAACCCAUUAUUUCCUAAUUCAUUAAAUGACACUUUCAAAGGUGUCAUACAGCAUUUAAUUUUGUUUCAACAGUUUACAUAGUUUUACAUUCUUCUAAGAAUGUUACCACACUCAGUCCACAUUAUUCAAUCCUAUGUCUAACUGUAUUGUGAUUUAUUUUGACCAAUAUAACUGGAAUUACAAAAGAAAACAAAUUACAAUAUCAUCUUUAUUCAUUAUGGAAUGUAAAUAUU